GGUCAGGCACUCCGGUCGUCUUCCUCGUGACCUCGUCAAGUCCUCAGCUCUCGUUUGGCAUCCAAAGAAGAAUUAGGUGUUAUUACUAGGGUUUAGAGAGGUGUUGAUUACUAGGGUUUAGAGAGGGAAAGGAAGGGAAGGGCUAUGGCGGCGCCGUGGUGGGACUCGGAGUACAAGGACCGCUCCUCGCUGGAGUACCGCGUGUACGUCGGCAACCUGCCCUACUCCGUCGACGAGCAAACCCUCAUGGACUACUUCGCCGACUACGGCGCCAUCAGUGCCGAGAUCGCUUGGGACAGUGAGAUGGGGAGGCCACGCGGGUUCGGGUUCGUCAACUUCGAGGACAACGAGUCGGUGAACGCCGCCAUCCACGGCAUGAACGGCCAGGACAUCGGCGGCCGCAAGGUCACCGUCGCGCGGGCCCAGAUGCGCCCCCGCCGCUGGAGGGCGUGACCGCGCCGCCGGCGGACGGCCGGCCGGCGGCGAGGAGGUCGACCUGAAUGAGCGGAGAAGACUCUACCUACCUACCUACCCUAAGCUAUCUAUGCUGCAGAUCUACUAGCUAGUUUUAGUCAUUCGUCGUGUUGGUAGUUUGGUUAAUUAGGGUUUAAGCGGUGGAUGCUUAAUUAAUUAAUCAGUCUCUGUUGGUAAUCUCCUGGAUAUGCAAGCUUAGGGCCUUAUUAGGAUAUGUUGUUUAAUUAGGUGUGUGUUUAUGCUUGUAAUCAUCAAUUGCAGUCUGCACUCUGCAGCACGUACCUGAGUGUGUGUAAGUUUGAUGGCUAGCGUUUAUGUUAAGAAUGACUCUAUCUGCUGCCACGUCA